ACCCCGCAGCGUGCGCCGGCGCGCAUAAACUCACGCGCAUACGAAACGCAAACGCGAAAGCUCGCGGAUUUUCAGUUCUUUUGGUUUUAAUUUGUCAAUUGUGUUUGUGAUUUUAUUGGAGCAACUAAGAUGUCAGUGACAUGCGACUGCCCGAUGUCGCAGCCGGGCCCGACGCUGGCGGCGACUUGUGGCGGCGGCGCCUUCAUGCUGUUCAUGGGGCUACUGGAGGUGUUCCUACGCAGCCAAUGUGACCUGGAGGACCCGUGUGGACGCGCGCAGUUCCGCCGUCACAUGGACUCGGUAUACGACUUCAUUGUGGUGGGUGGAGGAUCAGCAGGGUCGGUGGUGGCGGCGCGGUUGUCUGAGGUGCCGGAGUGGCGGGUGCUGCUGCUGGAAGCUGGGUUCGACGAGCCGACGGGCACGCAGGUCCCGUCCAUGUUCCUGAACUUCAUCGGGUCCAGCAUCGACUGGGGCUACCAGACGGAGUCCGAGCCGGCUGCUUGUCUCGGCGAGAAAGACCGCAAGUGCUACUGGCCCAGGGGGAAGGUGCUAGGGGGCACAUCAGUCAUGAACGGAAUGAUGUACAUGCGAGGCUCCCGACGCGACUACGACGGCUGGGCAGCUGCUGGCAACGAAGGCUGGUCCUUUGACGAAGUGCUGCCCUACUUCCUCAAGUCUGAAGACAAUAAGCAGCUGGACGCUGUCGACCAGGGAUACCACGCGCAAGGCGGUCCGCUUACUGUUUCGCAGUUCCCCUACCACCCGCCGUUGAGCUACAGUAUUGUUAAGGCUGGGGAGGAAUUAGGUUACCAAGCAAGAGACUUGAAUGGCGAGCAACAUACCGGCUUUUCCAUCGCGCAGACGACGAACCGCAACGGCUCUCGUUUGUCCGUGGCGCGUGCCUUCCUUCGACCGGCCAAGCACCGCGCCAACCUGCAUGUCAUGCUCAACGCCACCGUCACCAGGCUGCUCAUCAACCAGACCACCAGACAAGCUUAUGCUGUCGAGGUCCGGAACAGCUUCGGAGGCACUGAAGUCAUCUUCGCUAACAAUGAAAUUGUUUUGAGCGCGGGCGCAGUGGCAUCCCCACAGAUCUUGCAACUGAGCGGCAUAGGCGAUCCAGAAGUCCUCUCACGCGCUGGCGUCAAACUCGUGCAUCGCUUACCAGCUGUUGGCAAGAACCUCCACAACCACGUGGCGCACUUCCUCAACUUCCAAGUGAAUGAUAACAACACCGCGCCGCUCAACUGGGCCACUGCCAUGGAGUAUCUUCUGUUCAGGGAUGGACUCAUGUCUGGGACUGGUAUAUCGGAAGUUACAGCCUUCAUCAACACCAAGUACGCGAACCCUCAAGACGACAACCCAGACGUACAACUCUUCUUCGGCGGCUUCCUAGCAGACUGCGCCAAGACCGGCAUGGUGGGCGAGCGGCUGGACAACGGGUCCCGGACUAUUCAGAUCAUACCCACAGUCUUGCAUCCUAAAAGCAGAGGUCGGCUGGAGAUCCGCUCCGCUGAUCCGUUUGAGCACCCCAAGAUUCACGCUAACUACCUAACCCACCCAGACGACGUCAAAACCCUCAUUGAAGGCAUCAAGUUCUCCAUUAAACUGUCAGAAACCAAAGCCCUGAAGCGGUUUGGAGUCAAGCUGGAUAAAACUCCAGUGCCCGGCUGUGAGAAGAUCAAGUUUGGCUGCGACGCGUACUGGGAGUGUGCCAUCAGAAUGCAGACAGCUCCUGAGAACCACCAGGCUGGAUCCUGCAAGAUGGGGCCCAGAGGAGACCCUACUGCUGUUGUUGAUAACCUGCUUCAGGUUCAAGGCAUCGACCGUCUCCGAGUGGCGGACGCCAGCAUAAUGCCGGCCGUGACGUCAGGCAACACUAAUGCUCCCACCGUUAUGAUUGGGGAGCGCGCCGCUGACUUUAUCAAGCAACGCUGGCUUGGAGCGACCACGGCUCCAUUCCCCCUGGGAGGUCACGGUGGAGUCUCCAACGUGCUGCAAGCCAGCGAGACGCGGAACCAAUGGCAACAAUGGGUCUGACCUUCUAAACUGAUGUAUUCGAUGUUGAACUCUCUAUGGUAACCUGUGACAUCUUAUCACGUCGACUCUUCACUAGAUAUUUUUGGGCACCAUCAAUCUGUAUUAUACGUAUAAGUACAAGCUCAAAGCUCAAAAUUCAUCCCUAUUCCCAGUAGUCUUACCGGUUGAACUACUAGGAAUUUCCUUCCCAAUAGAUUUACUGAAUAGUAAGAAAUCGCUUUCCCAUUAAUUUUACUUUGAUGUAUGUACUUAAAACCAUGUUUACAACUUAACAGAGAAUGUUUUUGAACAUCUUAAAAGUACAUCUAUGCCAUUUUGUAAUUUUUGACUAAUUUUUUUUUAUAACACAGCCAUUCUCACUAGGACACCAUAGUGGCACCACCACAGUCGCGCCACCAACGAAAUGUAUGCCGUUCACACCCACGUGAGGUAACGGUUAUGCUGCAUAUAUUUUCAUGGUGACAUGACCCGCCACCAGAGUGUGCUAGUGAGAUAUGUGCCUUAGAGGCUAUGUUCAUAAAUUAGGGUCUUCGCACACUUGUGGUCCAAAUGUAUUAGCAGUUGUAGUAUUCCAUAAUGUAAACUUUUGGUGGCGAUAUGGUGAACAACGCAGCGUUAUGUUGUUUCGGAGUACCGAAUAGAACAUAACCACACCAGCACCCCGCUAACCACUCUAGUGCAACACUUCUAAAAUUAACUCUAUCUUUUUCUUGCACGAACUCGCACUUAUCGUAAAUGAAGAACGGCACUAUUUUUAGAGCUGUAAAGAAAAAAUAUCAUAUCAUAGGUUUUGUACAUUAGAAUCGAUACCAAUAUCUGACAGUGAUAGAUUGAUAUUGGAAGUACAUUCUCGGCCAUAUUUAGGCUAUUCAUAUAAAAAAGCAAUAUUGCUAUUUGUUGACUUGCACUUAAUUUUAUAUGCGCAAAAUGUCAAUAUUGCUUUUUAGAUGAAUAGCUUAAAGUGGCAUUUUUAGACUCGCAGGUGUUACAUAAGUUGCCCUAAACCUAAAGUUACCAUUCUUGUGAUUUUAUUACGUUCGUUAGUUCAAAUACGCACACGCGUUACUAUUUGUACAAACUAGUAUUUAUUAGUUACUUUUUACACGAUAAAUACUCUAAAUAGCUGUAAGAUAUUUUGUCUAUUUAUUAGAUGACUGUAGAUAAUUCUGUAGAGCUUAUUUUGUAGUGAAAUAAGAAAUUUAGUUUGAUUUUGAUAGCCAUAUUUAAGAAACAUAAAUUA